GGUUUGCUUCUCUUUUGUUACGUAUAAAACUCGUCGUCUCACUUUCUUCGACGCUCGUUGUUUUUGGCAUUUUGCUCGUUCAGUGCAACAGAAGAGAAAAAAAUAUCAAGCAAGAGAAAAUGGAGCAAACCUUCAUCAUGAUCAAGCCCGAUGGUGUCCAGAGAGGACUCGUUGGUGAGAUUAUUUCAAGAUUUGAGAAGAAGGGCUUCACUCUCAAAGGUUUGAAACUAUUGACCGUUGAGCAGUCUUUUGCUGAGAAGCACUAUGAGGACCUGGCCACAAAGCCAUUCUUUUCUGGUCUUGUCGAGUAUAUUAUUUCUGGCCCUGUUGUUGCUAUGAUCUGGGAGGGCAAAGGUGUUGUUGCCACUGGCCGGAAGAUAAUUGGAGCCACAAAUCCUGCAGCUUCUGAACCUGGAACUAUCCGCGGUGAUUUUGCUAUUCAUGUUGGAAGGAAUGUUAUUCAUGGAAGCGACUCAGUUGAGAGUGCGACUAAGGAAAUUGGACUGUGGUUUCCAGAAGGCCCAACUAACUGGCAGAGCAGUCUUCACCAAUGGAUCUAUGAGUGAACUUUUGUCAGUCGGGAAGUUGUUUGCCACCAGCCAUUCUAAUUAUCUUGCUUCUCAUGUUUGCUCCUGAAGGCUGUGGCUCCUUUGCUUUGUUUACUUGCUUAAGUUGUUGUGCCUAUCAGCAUUUUUGUCAAGCUAUGCUGCUACUUGAGGUAUCUUCAUCGGUAACAGUUGAAUUGAGUUGAUGCUGAGUUAUAUUUAUAUGAAGUGAAUUUUGAAAGAACAAA